UUCGCACAUACGAACGCUACAGGUUGCAGCUGCUCGAUAAAAAUUCUUUCACUGCCUCCUUCGUAAAACUUCUUUCACGAAAAGGGCUCUUUGUUCGGAUAAGGUAAAGACGUAAAAGAUUUUUCUUGGCUCGCGUGAGCUUUGAUGCUGUCAUUCGGGAAGCGUAAAGAAGACAAUUUCGUCUCGCUUUUUUCUUGGACAUGGAAUGUUUAAACGAUGAAUGAUGAGGUCAUCGGUGUUGAGGUAGAAUUUGUUUUGGUCGAUUAUUCGUUUAUCGUUAUGAGGAGAACGUCGUCGUUUAUUUCAAAGAAUCCUUUGAUUUUGGUCGAAAGUCUGAAAGAAUAAAGCGUGACAAAAAGUUUUUAGAAUUUUCACUACGGAAUGGUUUCACCCUCGAAAAGUAAGUGCAGAUGACGCUACUAUGUACCACCAUUGUGAGGAAUCGUGACCAAUAGGAGGCCGCGUUAGAUCGUAUUGAAUAGAGGUCUACUUUUAAGAGAGCCUCUGAUUGGUCGUUUGUAAUUUCCCAAGCAACAUCGGGCCACCCGCCAUAACGAACGUAGCGUGGUACGAGCGAGUGUUUGAAUGAACGUGUUCAAACCUAAUUGACUAGAUCUUAUAAUUGGUACCGAUUUCAGUUUAGCAGAUAGCAGUGUACGCGAGACAGUUGAAUACACGGAAACCUAUGGUGACACUUUGAAGCCAUGGAAGUCGCGCAGAAGCUGCAUUUCGACGCAUGCGACAUACAGGACGAAGAGCUGAAUAUCAGCUGUCGUACGAACAGCUCCGGUUGUGAUGUUGAUGAUAUUUUAGAUUCCUCGGCUGAUGAUUUCGGAUGUUCGCCAUCCCUUCAACCGAGGAAGUUGUCGUUUAGUAAUACAAUGGAUUGUAGUGACAGUGAAAGUAAUCAAACGGUGACAGUUAAUAAUAACAAAACUCCGAUCAGCAACGUGACAGGAACAUCAAGGAUUAGAAUUCCUCCCCGUGAGAAUGUAUGUGCGCAAAAAAUGUCAAUGGCGUGUAGUCCACCUUAUAAACGUGUUAGGGCUUUACGUCUUUUCGACUCACCUGCAACCCCUAAAACUUUAAUGGAGAAGAGCGCGAUGCAUACUUCAUUUCCAUCCAAAUGCACCAGACUAUUUUCAUUAGACAAAUCAAGACCCUGUAAUUAUCAAAAUAAAUCUGACAAACCUGCAGCUAAUGUAAAUCCUUUUACACCAAAUGGAAUGUUGUUAACUGCAAGGAAGCGUACUAGAUCUAAACGUAGUCUCAAUGACUCUCCCGAUAUCCAAAUUCCGAAAUUCGAUCUUCCCGAUUCCGAUGAUUCAGACAACGAAAUAGAACAAGCUACGAAGCGCGUGGCAUUGCAAGAUUCUAAUAUUCCUAGAUACCAUCAAGAAUUCCAUGAACUUGGAUUAAUCGGUACAGGCGAAUUUGGUUCGGUUUAUAAGUGCAUCAAUCGACUGGACGGAUGCACUUACGCUAUUAAAAAAAGUAUUAAGCCUGUUGCUGGAAGUAUCAAUGAAAAAAAUGCCUUGAACGAAGUAUACGCGCAUGCCGUACUUGGCAAACAUCAACACGUCGUACGAUAUUAUUCAGCUUGGGCAGAAGAUAAUCAUAUGAUUAUUCAAAAUGAAUAUUGUAACGGUGGUAGCCUAGCGGAUGCUAUCGCUAAUUUACAAAAGGAAAACAAGCAUUUUACCGAAGCUGAAAUGCGACAACUUCUAUUACAUGUCGCAGAAGGAUUAAGAUACAUUCAUAGUAUGCAAUUAGUACACAUGGACAUUAAACCAGGAAAUAUCUUUAUUUCGAAAGAGAAGAGGUUACUAGCAGUUAAUUACGAUUCGGCAGACGACGGAUUCGACGAAGAAGAAACAAUAGAAGAAGAAAUCACAUAUAAAAUAGGCGAUUUAGGUCAUGUUACGUCUGUUAAUAAUCCUCAAGUUGAAGAAGGAGAUUGUAGAUAUCUACCAACAGAAAUUUUACGCGAAGACUUUAGUCAUCUACCAAAAGCUGAUAUUUUUGCUUUGGGAUUAACCGUCUACGAAGCAGGCGGAGGAGGUCCGUUACCUAAAAACGGACCCGAGUGGCAUAAUAUUAGAAAUGGAAACUUGAAGGAAUUGCCACACUACAGCAGAGAUCUUAACGAAUUACUCAAGCUAAUGAUUCAUCCAAAUCCUGAAAUGAGACCUUCAGCGGUAUGCCUCAUUCAACAUAGAGUACUAUGUCCGUUUGGAAAUAAAACGAAAGCUCAAUUGCGACGAGAACUGAAUGCGGAAAAAUUAAAAAAUGAAAUUCUAUCCAAACAAUUGCAAGAAGCGGCUAAAUGUCUAAAAACCAUUGCUCCAAACGUAGCGGCAAUUAAUAAUACGAUGAAUGCCGGAGGCUACAAGUUAAGACCAACGCCAACUAGAACUUCAUCGAGGGUAGUGGGUAAAAAAGUAAAUCGAAGUAAUAGCACUACAAAUUUUUGAAUGUUUUAUGUUAUAUUUUUGUCGGACUAAAAAGAAGGAACGAAGGGGGUAGGUAAAGGUGCUUAAAGAAUAAACGAUUCUUUUAAGUACUUUGAUAUUGUGAUAUGAAUCAACCGUAGCUUAUAAGUGAAAAUAUGAUCAAUAUUUGAUGAUAUGAGAAUAUAAGAAUGAUAUACAGAGUGAAAUUGCAUAAUAGUCAUGGGUAAACUUUUUUGCCGCGAUGAAGGUACUACAAUAAUAAAACGAGCAUGAAUUGCAGAACAAAAGACUAUAAACAGGUAAUUUCUCAAUUAUUUACAUCUCGUGUUUCGUCGCUACUUCAAUUUUAAACAUGGCUACAGUAUACAGUAAUUUAAUACUGUUAAUCUAUGUAUAUUGUGUGUGUUUUAUUUUAAUGUUAGAUAACAAAAUAGAUAUUUAAGGUUUGGAAGAUAAUUAAUUAGUGUCAUUGUUCGUCGGUAUCUUUCAGGGUAUACAACAUUGUUUAAAUUUUACUCUUUAAAAAGAACAAGAACAAUUUUACUAUAUACUUCAACACGUGCCUUUAAUGUUUUUGUUGCAACAUUUUUACGUAUACACUAUGUACAAUUACGAUAUACAUUUGUUUUGUAAUAUUUUCAAUUUUUUAAAAAAAUCAAAUUAACAGUAUUAUAAAAAGAUAAACGUUAAAAAAAGAGUUGCUAGUUAAUGUUUUAAUCAUUGUUUGAUACUUCUGUUCCUUUCCAGUUGUUCGAGAAUUACUAUAGUAAAUAAUUGGGAAUGCUAACAGUAGAUUACAACAAAUCAUUUGUUACAAAUACGUUGUACUUUUUAUAUAUCGAUAUUUGCAUGUAUUAAUAGUUCAAUAUUUUAUAUUGUCUAGCAUUUAAUUGCUACUACACUUGUAUUAUUCAUCGUUUGUUACUCUCAGGCUUCUUAUCAAAAUGUUUAGUUUACUAUUUUUUCUUUCUUUGUUUAUGGAAAUUUUCAUAUUCGGACAGAAGACUGCUAUUUUAAAUUUUUAUACUUCUUCAUAAUACGAACUCAAUAGCUUUUAAGGGAUUAUAUUUUUUAAUGUGAUAACGAAAAAUUAAUAUUACUCACUUAGCAUUGGCUGCUUGUAAAUACGUACUUUUGAUAACAGAAAGGUAAUCAUUUUUCAAUCAUUAAAGCCGAUAGCUGACACAAUAGAGCUUCAUCCAAGCAUACUUCCUAGCCCUAAUCAUUUCAAUUUCACUCUGUGUAUGCUUUAUAUGAAAGAAUAAUAACUCUUAAAAUCAUAAGCGAUUAAAGAGUGACCCUUCGAACGUAAAAUGUUUUAAGUUUAAAUUAUUUUUAUAGUAUUUUUUUAGUCCUAUUGUCUUUGGCAUGCUCUAGAUUUCGUAUUAUACCAUUUUCUCUCGUGUUUUUAUUAUAUAUAUCGAAUACUGAUGUUUAAUAAUCCGCGUUUCUAGUGUAGACGGUACUUUCGAUUAGGUGUUCCUUAUUUUAUUUACUAGUAUGAAAUUCGCAAGAAAAGGAAGACAUAUAUUUUCUAUAUUGUACAAAUCUCCUAUGAAUUUUUCUACUUAAUUUUGGUCUUGUAACAAACUUUGUUUCACGAUCAGGGAUGUCAAAGUAUGGUAGUUCAUUACGGUGUAGUGAAUUUGACGAUCCGUAUUAUACGAAUACAUUCGAUGAAUAUUCUUGUUCCUUAAAGUGACAUCAGUUAGAUGCCUUAUGUACAAUCAUGGCUUCUAGCUAAUAAAAAAAAAGAAAGAAUUAAAGCCUUUGUAUGUACCUUAAUUUAACAUUCUCGUGUCACUAAGCAUGCUAAUAUGUGAUCUUUUAUAUUUGUGUUACCGACGCAUUUCGAUAUUUAUAUUAAAUAGCACGUGUAAUGCCUCGCAUUACUGUUUACAAAAAUUCGAAAGAAAUAUCUGGACAGUGUUUUCUAAUAUCAUGUAAUUUGUUGUAGUUUGCGAUACAAACUACUUGUGUUUUUUUUUUAUUUACUAUAUGAAUUUGGUUUUUGAACAAGGUCUAUUAAAAAACAAAUUUCCCAUUGCAUUGUCGAUGUUAAAAGUAAUGCGAUCGAAAUGUUAAUUCUCCCCAGUCUUGUAACUUAUGUGUAACCUCGUUUAACAACCAAUGUUAUGUAUUUAGUCAUAGACCGCGAUAUGUAUAAAAGUUAUGGACUUGCGUACAAAAAAAAAUGUGAAUAAUCCAUAAAAAAAAAAAGCGGUUUAAGCUUCUAAGUGUGUGCCAGAAAGGGUAGACCCCGAUUUGUGGCAUUAAAAUAUGUGGUGUUGCACCACAUUUAUAUACACUGUGAACUGUUGUUUCAUUAAUCUUAUUAUUAUUAUUAUUAUUAUUAUUAAUAUUAUUAUUAUAUAUUAUUAAUAUUAUUAUAAUAAAUGAUAAUUAACGAACUGA